AGUAAAUUAAAAAAAAAAACAGAAACGAAAAGAAAGAAAGACGUGUUGAGGAGUCACCAGCAUUCCAGCAAUAACCUGUAAAAUAAAUCAAACGAAAAAAAGAAACUUGGAAUUUUUAUUUUUUCAAAAAAAGAAUUUUUGUUCAUUGAUUUGGUGGAAACUGUAGCUGAAUUUGACUUGUAUUGGUAGAUUGAAUUGGCUCCUAAUUUUAGUGUUCAGGCAUCGACAAAGAGCCCUAGGCAUAUUCGAUUUUGCAUGAGCAUCAAUCAUGGCAGAAAAGAAGAAGAUGAAGAGCAAAGCUAGCAGCAGCAGCACUAACAACUAUGCCGCCGGUGAAAAUAGUCGCGGGCCGGAAAGCGUGGUCCAUGAUGCUGGUCGCCGUCGUAGCUCUUGCGGUUACUGUGGAUCCGGCGGUCACACCAGCAUCUCUCACGGAUUAUUGGCCCAGAGUUUAACAGUUGACGACUAUCAAGGUCUCUAUUUCUCAUCUUUUUUCGACGGUUUAUUUUCAAGAGUUUUGAAUGCAUAGUUGCAUGAUCUCUGAUUGCGUCAAAAGUUAAAUUGAAAUUUUGUUAAUUUGGAUAUCAAAAUUUACCCUUAUCUGUGAUUGAUGCAAUAGCGAAACUUUUAAUAGAGUCUGUCCUAUUCGUAGCUCUUCUUGAUAGAGGCUGGAGAAGAUCAGGCUGUUAUUUGUACAAACCUGAGAUGGAGUGGACAUGCUGCCCAUCUUACACCAUCCGUCUGAAGGCUAGUGAAUUUGUUCCUUCCAAAGAACAACUUCGAGUAUCUAAAAGAAUGCAAAGGUUAUAUACUGUUGAAUUGCUUCCUUUUGCCCUAUGUUUGCGCACUUUCAAAAUAUCUGCUAAGUGUCACUAGAUAUCUUUAUUAAAAGUAGACUCUGGAAAGUGUAGAUCAUGGGGUUAUCUUUCACACUUGAACUCUUACAUUUCAUGGCUCAUUCAUUUCUGCAGUAGGUUAAAGGCUUUCUUACUCUGAUGUUAUGCUGCAAUAAACUAACCCAACAUCUAGUGAUGGUCAAUAUACCAAAAGACUGUGAAACAUGGUUAGGUCCUCCUGCAAAUUCAUCCCAGAAACUUCCAAAUUAUAGCUGUUUCAGUGGUCCUUCUAGUGCCUGGUUAGGUCAAGGACUAUGAAACAUCCAAAUUCAUAGAAACUUUUUCUGUGAUCUCUCUUCUAAUAUGUUUACUAUGUCUAAGCAUCCAUUCUUUUGAUGUUUUCUUUCUGUUCUGCCUUAUCUAUUUAUAGUCUUUGUGCACUAGACAAGUUCAAGUGUUGAGUUCAUUUACUUGUCAGUGAAAAGCAUGGUGCCAGAAUGAUUGUAAUAUAGUGGUAUGUAUAUGUUUUAAAAUUAAAAUUGUAGUGAAGUGAUGAUGGAAAACUAUUGCUUACAUUUAGGCUUCUAGAUGGGACAUGGGAUGUUAAAAGAUCAGACAAAUCAACAGGCGAACGGAGUAGUAGUGAGGCAUCCUGUAGCUAUUCCCAAAAUGAACAUGCAAUCUCUAUGGCAGAACCGCCACUCUCCACAAACCGCGAAGAAGAGAAGAACAAGGUUGAACAGCUUACUCAGUGCUUGUCACUCCAAAUUGAUGCUGUGGCUCAAGAACUUAUUGAAAGAGGGCAAUUUCCAAGUGAUCUUGAGUUUCCAAAAGCUUCUGUCAAAAUACUUUCACCGGCUAAGAGAAAGUUACUUGUUGAAGGGUCAGAAGAAUUGAUGUUUUCCUGCAACAUAUCAUUUCAGAUUGCCUCUGCUUUAAGGCGAGCUAAGAAAGACCAUGGACUUGCAAAAUUUUCUGAAAGUAUUGGAGAGAGAAAUACUCAGGAUAUUGAGAUGUCUCCACAUUUGAUAGCUGAAACACUGGCAGGACAUCUAAACCAGGUGUUAGAAACCAGUAACUUGUUAGUGAGAGCAUGCAACGGUCACAUUAAUUUCUAUUCUACUGUCAAGAACGACGAGUUAGAUGGUAUAGCGAGAAGUGGCAUGGGCUUAAAAGAGCGAGCUUUGGGAAUUGAUUCAAAAUCUAGCCCCUCAAAAAAACGUAAUGGAAUCUCUCAUGGCAAAGGUAGCCGUCUUGAGAUCCGUAUGAAAAGGUCAGCUUUUGAUCCAGAAGAAUACUCCUUAUACCGAAAAUACCAACUUAGAGUGCACAAUGAUACGCCAGAGCGCGUCACUGAAAACUCUUACAGGAGAUUUCUUGUUGAUACUCCCUUAAUAUUUGUUCCUCCAACUGGUGAUGGAACUGUUCCACCCUGUGGCUUUGGUUCCUUCCAUCAGCAGUAUGUAAUUGAUGGGCGGUUGAUCGCAGUUGGUGUUAUAGAUAUUCUUCCUAAAUGUUUGUCUAGUAAAUACUUAUUCUGGGACCCAGACCUUUCAUCCUUGUCGCUGGGUAAAUAUUCGGCCCUCGAAGAAAUUAAAUGGGUUAGUGAAAAUCAAAGACAUUGUCCCAGUCUACAAUACUAUUAUCUUGGCUACUAUAUCCAUUCCUGCAACAAGAUGAGAUACAAAGCAGCUUAUCGCCCUUCUGAGCUUCUUUGCCCUCUUCGUUAUCAAUGGAUUCCAUUUGAUAUUGCGAAGCCAUUGCUUGACCGAAAAAAAUAUGUAGUUCUGUCCGAUUUUGCUUCCUUCACUGAUGGGGAGCCUAGCAUUCUGGAUGAUCCUAUGGAGGAGCAACAUGACGAUCUGUUUCAUGGAGGCAAGAAUGACGUGAUUAUUUAUCGGGAUGAAGAAAUGGCUGAUUUUGAUUCUGAAGAAUCUGAUGAUGAAUCAGAUCCAGAAAUUAGUAAUUCACCUUCAUCUCAGGAUGGAGAUGUUGGUAACAUUUUGAUUGGUAUGAAGUCAGUUCGAUUAAGAUUCAAGGUACAUUCUUAUGUUGUUCUGCAUCCUGAUUGAUACUUGAAGGGCUGCAACCAAAUGUUGUACCACAGCCUUCUGAGCAAUUUUUGAUACAUUGACCCCUUUUUUUUUUCAAUGGUUCAAUCUUUGUUGCCCUCCUUUGUUCUAGUCAUUGAUGAAACCAUAGGAGACGUGAUUAGUAGAUGGUUUUUUUUUUAUAAAAAAAAUAAAUUAUUAUUACUAUUAUUAUGAUUGUGCUGUUACAUAAUUCAGCUUUACAAUUUCUGUUAUUUGCAGGACCUAUGUCAAGCUUUUGGUCCUGGCAAUAGAAGGCACAUGGAGAACCAACUGCAGAGAUACAUGAGAGCCGUUGGUGUAGAACUGUCUGAAAGAAUGGUGUAUUCAAUUGUCUGAACAAGGUGUAAUUAUCAGCUUGAUCUGUUCCAAAAUUAUUUAAGCAUUACAUGCCUAAUCUUGUAGUCCCAGCGUGAUUCCAUGCCUGCUGAUUUACGCUCCUGAUGAAGGUGAAAUAAUUUAAGAGCACAAAAAUAUUGUGCAUACUGCGUAAUUUCAUGAUGUAUGAUUGUUCUGCUGUUCACUGCUGUUCAGAGUGAUCCAAUGCCUGCUAAUUUAUGCUUCUGAUGAAGGUGAAAUAAUUUAAUAGGACAAAUACUGUUCAUACUGCGUAAUUUCAUGAAGUAUGAUUGUUCUGCUGUUCAGAUUUGAGGCAUAUUCAAAUUUGCGCAUGAAAUUUCCAAGGCGGUAACUUUCAGUUCACCGUUACAAAGAAUCAAAUUAUGUUACAUAUUUAUGGCUUUCCUAAAACGUAUUAUGUCCCAAUGUACGGUGCACCAAUCAAUUACAAUCUUUGAAAUGUCUGAACAAAUAUAAUCUCUUAAUUCU